AAUUUCGGUUCUAGUUUUACAAUUCAUGGGGUACUUCCGGUGUAUAUCUCCACAGACGCACAUGCAUGCAGUUGUCAGUUGUUUACCUGUUUACUGUUAAUUACAGAGCCUUGAUGUUGAAGCCAUACAAGUUGUGAUGUUGUCAUCCGGUUCUUUACUCAGCCUUGACUGGCAUAAGACCAGGGAAGGCCAAGAAGUUCUGGCAUCUGUGCUACAGAGAAAUCUCACUAAACUAAAGAGGUUUGGUUUGUUGGAAAGACCGAUGGUACCCUUGCACAUAUCUGUCAGUGAUGUCCGUUACAAAGUCUUCCUCCUUGGCAAAAGUGGGGUCGGUAAAACCAGCACGAUAGCUAAACAUUCAGGCUGCCAGAUCCCAACAGUUCACAGUGAAACACAAGGUAUUCAAACAACGACAGUAUUUUGGCCAGUGAAAAAUUUACAACUUAACAAGGCCUUCAUGUUUCAAAUACAGUUCUGGGACACAGGAGAUAAUUCAACAAAGAAAUAUGAUCAUAUAAUGCCAGCUUGCCUGGACAAGGCUGAUGCCAUCAUAUUCCUGUUUUCCUUCGUAGACAAGAGUAGUUUUGAGGAUAUACCCCAUCAGCUGACACGGAUCAGUACUCCCAAAGAUAACACCACCAAACUGCUGAUUGGGACAAAAUUUGACCAGUUUGCUCACAGUGAGAUUACACAGAGGGACAUCAGAGACUUUGAACACAACUGGAAAAUACCAAUUUUGAAAACCAGAAAUAUUCCAGACGCAGAAAAUCAGAACAGUUUUAAUGAUAUUGCACAGAAUCUCAACAUAAUUUGCGAACAUUUGUGGCAGAGAGAUCUGAAAAUAGGAGGCAAAGGUCCCCCAGGUGAUAAUAAAAUAUCUUAUUGCUAAUCGGACUAUUGUUUAUCU